CCGAUCACUGAGCUGUGCCUUAUUUCGAGUGGGUAAUUGAAGAAGAAAGGGUCUGGCAGUGGAUUCUUUAAAAGAAAAGUAGGGGCACCUGGGUGGCUCAGUGGGUUAAUUGGCUGCCUUGGGCCAGGUCGUGAUCUCAGGUUCCUGGAAUGAAGCCGUGUGUCAGGCUCCCUGCUCACUCCCUCGCUCUCUUUCUCUCAAAUAAAUAAAUAAAAUCUUAAAAAAAUAAAAUAAAAGAAAAGCAAGGCAGGAUUUUUCUGUUCCAUUUUUCUUGUGUUAUGAGUAGUGGGUAGUACAGUUCACGUGACUUUCUUACUGAUGUUACUUUUUUUCUCCUCUCGGUGUUUUAGAAAGAAGAUCCUUUUAUUGAUUUUGUCCCAGAGCUGACUGGAUCUUAUUUGCCACAGGUGGUGUUGGCGGGGUGUCCAACACAGGAGUAAAACUGUUCCUGCGGCAGAAUCAUGAUGGUAGAUCUGAAGGUGGCUGACUGUUUGAACCCUCAGGUCAGGGUUCUGUGGGAAAGCAUGGGGCCUGUGAUAGAGAGUUCCAGUCCCAGUAAGGAGUAUACAGCACAAAUGGACAGUCUCAGUCCUGAAAGCUGUCGCCAGCACUUCCGGAAUUUCUGCUAUCACGAAGCAGCAGGACCCCGUGAAAUUGUUGGACAACUUCAGGAAUUAUGCCGUCAGUGGCUGAGGCCAGAGCUCCACUCAAAAGAGCAGAUCUUGGAACUACUUGUGCUAGAACAGUUUGUGACCAUUCUACCCAGGGACACCCAGAGCCGGAUAAGGAAGGACCAUCUUCAGAGCAUUGAGGAGGCUGUGGCCCUGGUAGAACACUUGCAGAGGGAAUCUGGUCCCACGAGGAAUGGGGUUGCAAUCGAAGAGCUGAGAGAGGAGGCAGUGGUCUUGGGAGAAACCGCAGAAUCCCAGCCAGUGGGCAUGGCCCAGGAUGAAGAAUUCUGGAAUACAUAUCAGGGUCUGCAAGAACAGCUGAACAGGAAUACUCAAAAAGAAACUGAGUCUGUAUGUGAGAGGGCUGUGCCUGCUCACCAGAUCCUAGCCUUUCCUGUGCAGACAAACACCAAAGACCGGACAGUGGCACCCGAGCUCAUCUUGCCUGAGUCCCAGAGCUUGUUGACAUUUGAAGACGUGGCCAUGUAUUUUUCCCAGGAAGAAUGGGAGUUACUGGAUCCCACUCAGGAGGCCCUCUACAACGAUGUAAUGCGGGAAAACUAUGAGACUGUCAUCUCUCUAGCUGUGCCUGCUCACCAGAUCCUAGCCUUUCCUGAGCAGAUAAUCACCAAAGACCGGACAGUGGCCCCUGAGCUCGUCUUGCCUGAGUCCCAGAGCUUGUUGACAUUUGAAGACGUGGCCAUGUAUUUUUCCCAGGAAGAAUGGGAGUUACUGGAUCCCACUCAGGAGGCCCUCUACAAUGAUGUAAUGCGGGAAAACUAUGAGACUGUCAUCUCUCUAGGUAAAGAAUCUCCCUGUCCCAUUGGGUAGAAGUUGAGUGAUCUGUCAUGUUCUCUGCUUACUGGGAUUGCAUUCCUCUGAGAGGCUAUGUUCCAAUAAUGGGUUGUUUCUCAGCUAGAUGGUGUGUGGACAGGGGAAAGGUGUGUCCAGAUCACCUGGGGAGCUUUGUCCAGGUGCACACUCCACAUGCUAUAUAGAUUUCUUGAUUUAUUUUUUCUCUUUCCCCAAAUCUAUUUUCAUGUAUCUCUCCUCUCAGUAUCAUGUCUCUAUAUCAUAGUUAAGAAGGAACGUACAGUCAUCCUUUCCUGUGAUCUUGCCAUCGUACCACAUUUUAAUACAUCACUGUCCUUUUGGCUCCACCUUCACAGUGUAGCCUGAGUGCAGCCGUGUCUCAUCUCUUUGUGCUGUUAGCGUCCUGGCUUAAGCCAGCAGCAUGUCUAACCAGACUGACCUGGGUACUUUCUGACUGGUGCCCUUGCCUCUUGC